AUGUCACUACAUCCGCAUCACGGCACCAGCUCCAGCUCCAGUCGCACGACUCUUGCUGGAAGCAACGCGUCGACUUCACGUCUCCAACAGCGGCGUCCAAGUAGAUCUUCCAACACAGAUGCGUCCGAAGCCAUCGACUUUCGCGCCAGUAUGGGGCCUAUAGCAGAGCAAAACAAAUCUUCAUCACGAGCCAUCGUCGAAGAGGAGGAAGACGAGCAAGAGGAGCUCCGCGAUAAGCACUUGGACAGCAAAGCAACCAGCGAUGACGAGGCACCGCCAACGCCUCCGAUCCUCACUGGCACAUAUCCACCGUCAGCUCAGUCAGGGCGGCCUUCUUUCUCAUCAACCAAUGAGCACUCUUCGGGCUCCGAACUACCGCCAAUGGAUAGCGGACCAGCAGCGUGGCGAUUCUUAGCAUGUGGCUUCGUUAUCUGGUCCAUGGUCUGGGGUAUUGCCUACUCAUACGGAAGCUUUCAGGAUUACCACGAGCACAAUCCUCAAUCACCUUUUUACGGACGAAGUGUUACUAGCAUAUCAGCCGUCGGGACAUUAGUCAUUGGCUGCCAACACUUCAUCCCCUUGCUUCUCAGAGGUUUCACUUCAGCCUAUCCGCAUCUUCACCGUACCAUGGUCAUGGUCAGCCUUGUGCUGAGCGCUUUGUCGAUCCUCAUCGCGUCCUUCUCAAAGUCGAUCGCCAUGCUCAUUGUCUUUCAGGGUGUCUUUUUCGGAACUACCAGCGGUGUUCUGCUCACUCCCGUCGUCCUCUAUCUUGGCCAAUGGUUUGACAGGAGAAGAGGCUUUGCAACCAGCGUCAUCUUCAUGGGCUCGGGCGUCGGCGGCGUUGUCUUUCCUUUGGUACUUAACGCGCUUCUGACCUCGGUCGGCUUUGCUUGGACAAUGCGAGUCUGGGCACUCGCUCAAUUGCUACUGAACGGCACGGCUCUGUACUUGCUCAAGCCUCGUGUUCCGCAGCAAGCACCUGCCAAAGUGCCUCGCGCCUCUGCAAAGCAGCUCCUCCGUCUCAUCUAUCCUGGAGAUCUUCGCCCAUUGCUCAGUCCCAUAGCUAUGAUCUACUUCGUGGUCAUCAUGCUCCAAGCAUUCGGCUGGUACAUUGUCUCGCUCUACAUCGCGACCUAUGCCACGGCUCUGGGCUUCAACUCGACCGUUUCGACGGGCAUUCUCUCCGCCUUCAAUGCCUCGGCCAUCAUCGGUUAUCUCAUCACGGGUCCUGCUAUUGACAAGCUGUCUUUCACCUUGGCCAUGGCGGUAUCCACGUCGCUGUGUGCUAUCACCGCUCUCCUGCUGUUUGGAUUCGCAACGUCACUGGCCAUCGUGCUGGUGUUCGUUCUUACCUUCGGCGCUGCAGGCGGAGGCUUCGGCUGCUUCAUCACGCCGAUCGCAAGAGAUGUAAGCACGAUCACCAACUCGGACAAUGCUCUGCAAUUCCUCGCAUGGAUGUUCAUCCGCGGCAUCGCCGCAGUCUCGGGUCCGCUUAUCGGCUCGGCCCUUUAUCGCCCCUCGGUCGUCACAGAGCAUCCUCGUGGGGGCGACUACGGCAUCAACGGUUUCCGCGACCUCAUCAUCUUUGUCGGCACAUCCAUGUCCUUUGCCACCGUUGCAGCUCUUGCUGCCCACUUUUGGCGAAAGAGAGCGUGA